AUGAGUUUAUUACCAGAUGUCCUACCACUUGAAGUGAUAGAUAAGACGAUAGGCCAAGCCGUAUGGAUAAUACUACAAUCACAACCAAAUAGAGAGUUCACAGGGACUUUGAUUGGGUUCGAUGAUUUCGUCAAUGUUAUUAUCGAAGACGCUGUCGAAUGGGGGAUCGAUCCUAAUGAUGAUUUUAAGGAGAUUAUAAUUAUGGAACAUCAUGGGAGAAUGUUAUUAAGUGGUAAUAACAUUGCCAUGUUGGUGCCGGGUGGAAAGAGGUAA